CUAGUCUUCAUUACAUCAUUUUUAGGAUGAGAAGAAGUCCAGGAGAGCAAAAAUGGGUCUUCAAUGCUGCAUAUAUAUUUUUUUUUUUAAUUUCUUGAGUCUAUAAAUAAACUUAGAAGUCAACAAAGUUAGCACAUACUACAUGGCUUUUUCAGGACCAAUGUUUUUCCUUGCUUGCUUUGUUUUCAUUCUAAAUAUUGUUCAUCCUGCAGUUGCUCAGACAGAACCCCUGCUGUACAGUGAUUGCCUAGACAAGGGGAAUUACACCACAAACAGCAUCUAUCACACCAACCUCAAUACCCUCCUCACCUCUAUGUACACCGACAAUGAAAUUGACUAUGGCUUCUACAACUUUUCAUAUGGAGAAGACUCCGAUAAGGUUUAUUCAAUUGCACUUUGCAGACCAGAUAUAACUUCGGAUGUUUGUCGCGAAUGCAUAAGAAAUGCUAGUGAAGCCCUCCCAAGAAACUGUUCCAACUACAUGGAGGCAGUCGGAGGUUAUAAUUUAUGUCUAUUACGAUAUGCAAACCGCAACAUUUUUCACCUCAUGGAAGGAGGACCUUACUUUUUCGUCCAUAGUAUGUUUAAUGUCUCGGAUUUUACUGGGUUCAAUACGUCAGUGUAUACCUUGUUGUAUAGGCUCCGGGAUGAAGCUGCAACAAGAAAUUCUCAAAAAAAGGCUGCCGUGGGAGAAGAACCAGGGCCGGACCUUCAACCAAUAUAUGGUCUUGUGCAAUGUACUCCUGAUUUAUCAGAGGAAGAAUGCAAAUAUUGUUUAACUAAUGCUUCUGCACUAAUCCCAACCUGUUGUACUGAAAGACAAGGAGGAAGAGUGAUUUUCCCAAGUUGUAAUUUUAGAUAUGAGACAAAUCGUUUCUAUAAUGACAUUGUUGAUGCACCUUCACCACCUCCUAAAGGGAAUGGAAGCAAGACUCUAAUUAUUAUCGUUAUUUCAGUUGUGGUUUCUGUGGUAUUGGUUAUUGUCAUGAUCUUCAUCUACUUAAAAAGAGUACAGAAACAAAGAACAAAAAUCUCAACAAUGGAUGAAAUCAUAACUGUGGAAUCCUUGCAAUACGACUUCAGCUUCAUUAGAGCUGCGACAGAUAACUUCUCUGAUAAGCUUGGAGAAGGGGGUUUUGGACCUGUAUACAAGGGUACGUUUCCGAACGGACAAGAAGUAGCCGUUAAGAGAUUGUCAAAGGAAUCUUCACAAGGAGAAGUAGAAUUUAAGAAUGAGGUCUUGUUACUAGCCAAGCUUCAGCAUAGGAAUUUGGUUAGGCUCUUGGGCUUCUGCUAUGAACGCGAAGAAAGGCUUCUCAUUUAUGAGUUCGUGCCUAACUCAAGUCUCAGCAACUUCUUAUCUGAUAACACUAAGCGUGCACUAUUGAAUUGGGGAAGUCGAUACAAUAUUAUCUAUGGCAUAGUUCGAGGACUGAAUUACUUGCACGAAGAAUCUCAACAUCGGAUAAUUCAUCGCGAUCUCAAGGCUAGUAACAUUCUGUUAGAUGCAGCAAUGAAUGCGAAAAUUUCAGAUUUUGGAACAGCGAGGUUGUUUGCAAGUGAUCAAACACAAGCUGACACGAGCAAAGUCGUCGGUACAUAUGGAUAUAUGGCUCCAGAGUAUGUUGCAAACGGGCACUUCUCAGCAAAAUCAGAUGUCUAUAGCUUUGGUGUGAUAGUAUUGGAAGUUGUGAGCGGCCAAAAGAACAGGUCUUUCCAUGUCGGGGAGGAUGUUGCAGACCUUAGAACUUAUGCAUGGCAAAACUGGAAUCAGGGGACAGCUUUGAAUCUGAUUGAUCCUGCAUUACGUGGUGGACCAAGUGAUAUGAUCAUGAAAUGCAUCCACAUAGGACUACUAUGUGUUCAAGAAGAUGAAGCUAGCAGACCAACCAUGGCUUCAGUUGGUGCCAUGCUUAUCAGCUCCUCUGCGAGUCUCCCACAGCCUUCUAAACCUGCUUUCUUUAUGGAAAGUACAGGAAUCCGAGACACAUCUUCAUCAUUGGAGCAGAAUUCAGAGUCAACUGAGUCGGAUCAAUCAAACGCCACAAAUGGUCAUUCAUCAAGAAACGAGGCCUCAAUCACUGAGCCAUAUCCCCGAUAGCACCUAAGGAUUGAAAUCACACUUUUGCUAACUUGGUUGGUUCAUGCAAUGGUUUGGUUUGCUUAGUUGGUGUGUAAGAUAUGUAAUAAGUAAUCCGGCUCGAAACAGCAUCUAAUCAUUCCCGCUGGUGUGCUUGUCAAUGGAUUUUUAUGCGUUGGCCUAUCUACUCCGAGCUUAAAAGAAGCUCAUUGUGUUCCAAUUAUAAAUAAAUAAAAAAAACCCAAAAGAAGUCGAUUUGCA